CAAACGCUAAUCAUUAUUAAACCAACCCUGAUCAAAGGUUUCAAAACAGGAUAGGCGUCACCUCUUCUCUUCGGCGGAGGUGACGCAAGACGUACUGGACCUUCCUACCCAGCCAUCGUUUGGAGAAAAUCCUAUUAAUAUCACUUCUGGCUUCAGAAACAGGAUGCAGCGCUUUGAGCUAUUGGGACGCAACGGCGCUGGUGCAAACAGCACCGUGUUCAGAUGCAGGGAUUUGGCUUCCGGCGCCGUUGUUGCCGUCAAAAGACCGGAUGGCACGGCGACAUGCCAGCAGGUCUUGCACGAGGCGGCAGUUAUGCGUGCUUGCUCGCAUGAGUACAUCUUGAAGCUGCUGGAGGCAUACCAGGGAAACUCCUCCGGUGCUUUCUACAUGGUUCUGGAACAUGCGGAACACUCGCUUUCGCGCGAGCUUCUUCUAAACCCGCGUGGUCUACCGUUCGAUAAAGUCAAGCUAAUAACUUACCAGCUUGCGCAAGCCCUGGAGCACAUGCAUGGCAAGCAGAUUACACAUUGCGACCUGAAGCCUGCCAACGUCCUCCUCACAUCCCAAUGCAAUGUCAAGCUGUGCGACUUUGGCUCAGCACGCAGCCCCUUCCUGAGCGGCGCCCUCACCGACGGCCGCCUCGCAGCCGCCGGUAGCACGGGCUUACCACCCGAUGUCGCUGCCGGCACAGAUGUAGCUGCGACGACCACCGCAGCGGCCAGCCGGUGGUACUGCGCGCCUGAAGCGCUCCUGGGCGGCGAGGGCACACCGGAAAGCGACAUGUGGGCAUUAGGUUGCAUCAUGGCGGAGAUGGUCACGGGCAGGCCAUUGCUGCCCGGCAGCGAUGAGGAGUUGAACCAGCUGUGCUGCGUGGUGACCAUGCUGGGUCGCCUGUCUGACAGCCAGGAACGGCUGAUGCAGCUGCUGCCACCCAAGCAGCGGGCAUGUGUGGAGGCAGCACGGGCGCAGGGGCCGCUGCUGGAGAGGAUCCCAAGAGUAGCGGCAUGUCCGGAGCUUGCGGAGGUCCUCCACGCUCUUCUCAACCCCGACCCUGCCCGCCGUCCUGCGGCGCGACAGCUACAGGACAUGCCGUUCUUCGCUGACGUACGCCAUGUACUACACGGCAGCAAAAGCGCAACCGCAGUGACCGCCGCACCUACCCUGACUUACCCACUUCCCAUCCUGACUCGGGGCCGCUCGCUCGGAUGCGUGGACUGCAUCGACGGGCUCCAAAUCCAACGCCGGGCAUCAUCGGGUGUCAUCAGCGACGCCAUCGCAGCCGCCACUGUGCCUCCUAUAUUCUCCGAUAGCACCAAACCUGUUGCUGCAGCCCUACCGGCAGCCUCAGGUGCCAUGCCUGCCUAUGAAGCCGUCAGCGCCGUCUGCGGCGGCGCCCUGGCAAUCGCGGGCUGCCCGAAGGCCCCUGGCCUGGUAUCCGCUUUCGCCACGGCGGCUGGCUGCGUCCCACCCAUUGCGACCGCAUCGGAGGAAGCCCCUUCGCCUCAGCUGCUGGACGCUCGCCCGCGCGUGUCGGCGCUCACUGCGACCAUCCGUGGCCGCCUUCUUAAGGACGACGGCGGCUACACGGACCUCAUGCCGGCGGUGCUGCAACUGGUGGCGAGGUGGGAGGAGGCGCUGCAAGGCGAGCGUUUGGGCCCCAUUGCCAUGGCGGCUCGGCGCGCUCGCUCGGCAUCUUUGGGAUGCGCGACAGGACCGACGGCCCCCGGCACUGUAGGUCCGCAGGUGCCGAGUGUCAGCGGGUCUUGGGCGAGCGUUGAUCCGGGUUGUAGCACUGCUGCCAUCGCGGCAAGCAUGGCUGCGGAGCACAGAAUGGCAGCCAUAACUUGCACCACGCCCGGCGGUAUUGUGGGCGCCGUCGCAAGAGCCUCGGCCAUGGAGUUCACCCCCCCAGUUGCGCCAGCGAUGGCAGCAGCCGGACCGGCAACCGGAGCACCAUCCACGCCUUGUGAUGCAUUGACGGGAGCUGUCACCGGCGGCUGCAAUACUGAGGGCUCAGAGUCCAUUUCUCGCGACGCCUUAUCCUGCAACGCCCUGAUUACACCUUCAGCACCCAGCGACGCUUCACUUGCUCCUCCAGCAUCCACAGCGGUUGCCGUAUCCGGACCAAGCCCAGCGUUGCAGUCCGGCCGCAACUUGACCAGCCGCCCGCGCCGGCUGCACAGCCACGAGCUGCACUCCCUGGGCUCCGUUCCGCUCUCUGUCUUCGCCACCUGCUAUUCACGCGCUGGCGCAGGCUUCAGCGGCACACAGCCAAAGGCACCAGCCCGUGCCCGUGCUGAUGUACGGCAGCACGGCGGCAGCAGCAGUGACGGUGGUGCCCGCCGGGUGCGGGUUUCGAAACAUGCAGCCCGUCGGUCGUUUUCAGGCCUUUCAAACCUUGCUUGUGUGGCUGAGUCCGCACCCUUGGAGUGCGCGACGCCGCCCGACGUCAAGCGCAGGCGUGCUCAGAGCUCCGUACCUGUCCAUGCUGCCAGCUCAACGGCGUUGGAUGGCGUGCCGUGUGGCGGUAACGAGAAUGAUUGCACCGGCACGGACCAGCGAAUGCGGCAGAGCGACAGCGGGGGUGGCUUUGGGUUUGGCUCUCCAAUGCAGGAUCUGUCGGCGCAUGCAUGGCAGCCUUUAGCUCCUGUCGGUAUCGUAACCAUGGGACGAGCUGUCAGCAUGCCACAGCCGAUUGCAGGCCGGUGCUCAGGCAUGCAGGCUGGGUUGGCGGCAAGCGGCGGGAGGGGGCUGGGUAUUAGCUUCUCUAGCGAGGUGGUCGGUUCGGAGGCUUCUGAUAGCAUGUUCUUCAGAGGAGAUGUAGUGUAACGCGGCGUAUCAAAGGGGAGCGACAAGGAGGUGUACAGUGUGGAAAGCAAAAUAGCGUAUUGUUUUUUAACACUGGUUAUUGGUGGCGGGAGUGACGUGUUCGCGCUUGCAGUGGCAUCGGAUGCGUUGUUAUUCCAGAGAUUUUGAACCUGCAGGACCCGUCGGGCCUUGUCACCGGAGCAUUUCAACUGCGGGGGCAAUAAACCAUGACAUGUAUUCUUCCGACCGGUGUGUAUUGACACCCGUCGUGCAUUACCGGUAUUCAUGCAGUAGACUGAGUGCGCAGGUCGGUGGUGUGGAUAUAUAUCAUAGGCCAUACAAUGUGUAUAUGAAGGUCUAAGCUGAGCGGCAAUGUCACGGUCUUAUGGCCCGUGUAUGUAUCCGGGGCAAGUCGUAGUCAUGUGUGCACCUACAGCCUUUGUACAUGUCAACAGUCCUAGCUUUCUGAUGCAGCCGGCCGUGGUUGCAGGAUGCAUAACCUUUCCUGCUGGAAUAAGGCACGCCCCGUUUGGCAUGGGGCUUGUGGUCGUGGCACACUUGGCCACCGGUGGAGGUCACGACACAGUGAAAAGGUGCGCCAGACAUCAGAUUGAAGGGGGCCAUGUGUGAGGCUCCCCAACACUCGAACUGUGUAAAGUUGCAG